AUGAGCUUAAAUUAAUACACUGAAUAAAAAAACUUGCUUAAGUACUUCAAAAGCAGUAAGUUAACAAAGAUUAACAAAUAAUCAAAAAUAUUUCUAUAGAAUAUUUAAACGAGUAGCCAAUUAGAGCCAAAUAUAUUCAAUACCUUAAAUUUUGUAUCCUAAUACUUGAUCAUCAUUUUUUUUAAAUAGGAGUUUGCAUUCAAGAAAAAAAUAACUCAUAUCUAUAGAUAUCUCUAUUUGUUAUUUUUAAAUUUCCUUCUAAAUUGUAGGCAUUAGAAAUAUUAGUUUAAAAUAUUGGUUUGCUUGUAGAUAUGGAAAUUACAGUUAUUUUGCUAUUCAGUCUAUUUGGAUUUCAUUCAUUUUAUGGAGUAAAAAAUAUCUCAACAUUUAAAGUGA